UGCGCACACCCAGGCAGCGCUGUAAGAAGUCCUGCUGGGCCUGGGAGGCGUUCAGAAAAAGGAAGUGGGUCCCUUUCAGGUUCUUGCGACUAUAGUCACCUCCCAAGCAAAUGACCACUGUCCCGAGAAAACGUGGAUGAGAGGCAGAUCUCUGCCUCUUUGUCCGAAGAGCCAAAAAUGACCAAGUUCCUGGAAUCGGUUUCAUUCAAGGAUGUAACUGUAGACUUCAGCAGGGAUGAGUGGCAACAAUUAAACAUUGCUCAGAAAAGUCUGUACAGAGAUGUGAUGCUGGAAAACUAUUUCAACUUGAUCUCAGUGGGGUGUCAAGUUCCCAAACCAGAAGUCAUCUUCAACUUGGAACAAGAAGAGCCACGUAUGUUGAAUGGUGGGAUUUCCAGUCAGAGCUGUCCAGAUGGGAAAAUUGGUUUUGAAUCUUUACAACAGAGAAUGUCUGAAGAAGUUUCUUUCCAGUCUGAGAGAAUUAAUCUCUUCACAAGAGAUGACCCAUAUUCCAUUUUAGAAAAGUUGUGGAAAGAUGAUGAACACACAAGAAGAAGUGGAGAAAACCAGAACAAACCUUUAAGUCGUGUUGCCUUCAUUCACAAGAAAACGCUAGCUAAUGACAGGGUCUGUGACUAUAAGGAUACUGGGGAAAUAGUUCAUGUAAACACACACCUGGUUUCCUCAAGAAAAAGACUCCAUAACUGUAACUCAUUUGGAAAGAAUUUGGAGCCUAUAAUAACCUUGUAUAAUGGAAAUGCAACAGAAAAUUCUGAUGAGAUUAUUGGAGAUGGUGAUAUUUUUACUCAUCUGAAUUCUCAUACAGUAGUGACUGCUUGUGAAUGUAAUCAAUGUAGGAAACCUCUCCAUCAUAAGCAAGCUCUCAUUCAACAUCAGAAAAUUCAUACUAGAGAUAGCCUCUAUUUGUUUUCUGACUGUGUAAAUGUUUUAUCCCAGAAUUCACAUGCCUUUGCACAUGAGAGUGUUUGUACUGAAGAAAAGCAGCAUAAAUGCCUUGAAUGUGAGGCAGUCUUCACUGAGAAGUCUCAACUUGAUGGCCAUCAGAGGGUUUAUGCAGGAGAGAAACCUUGUGUAUGCAGUGAAUAUGAGAAGGAUUUUUCCCUCAAGUCAAAUCAUCAGAAAACUCCUAAUGAGGGGAAUUACUAUAAAUGCGGUGGCUAUGGGAGAGCCUUUAUCAAGAAGUCAGAUCUGUUCAGAUGCCAGAGAAUUCAUUCUGGAGAAAAACACUAUGUGUACAGCGAAUCUGAGAAAAACUUCUCUCAGAGUUCAAACCUUAAUAUACAUAAAAAAAUUCAUACUGGAGGGAAACACUUUGAAUGUACUGAAUGUGGAAAAGCCUUCACAAGGAAAUCAACACUAAGUAUGCAUCAGAAAAUCCAUACAGGAGAAAAACCCUACGUAUGUACUGAAUGUGGGAAGGCCUUUAUCCGGAAGUCACAUUUUAUCACACAUGAAAGAAUUCAUACUGGAGAAAAACCCUAUGAAUGCAGUGACUGUGGGAAAUCCUUUAUUAAAAAAUCACAACUCCAUGUGCAUCAGCGAAUUCACACAGGAGAGAAUCCCUUUAUAUGUUCAGAAUGUGGGAAGGUUUUCACUCACAAGACAAAUCUCAUUAUACACCAGAAAAUUCAUACUGGAGAAAGACCCUAUAUAUGUACUGAAUGUGGUAAGGCCUUUACGGACAGGUCAAAUCUCAUUAAGCACCAAAAAAUUCAUACUGGAGAGAAACCUUAUAAAUGCAGUGACUGUGGAAAAUCAUUCACCUGGAAGUCACGGCUCAGGAUACAUCAGAAGUGUCAUACUGGAGAGAGACAUUAUGAAUGCAGUGAAUGUGGGAAAGCAUUCAUUCAGAAAUCAACACUAAGUAUGCACCAGAGAAUUCAUAGAGGAGAAAAACCAUAUGUUUGCACUGAAUGUGGUAAGGCCUUCUUCCACAAAUCACAUUUUAUUACACAUGAAAGAAUUCAUACUGGAGAGAAACCCUAUGAAUGCAGUAUUUGUGGGAAAUCCUUCACUAAGAAAUCACAGCUCCAUGUACAUCAGCAAAUUCACACAGGAGAGAAACCCUAUAGAUGUGCUGAAUGUGGAAAGGCUUUUACUGACAGAUCAAAUCUUUUUACACACCAGAAAAUUCACACUGGAGAAAAACCUUAUAAAUGCAGUGACUGUGGGAAAGCCUUCACUCGGAAGUCGGGUCUCCAUAUACAUCAGCAAUCCCAUACUGGAGAAAGGCAUUAUGAGUGCAGUGAAUGUGGGAAAGCCUUUGCAAGAAAAUCAACACUUAUCAUGCAUCAGAGAAUUCAUACAGGAGAGAAACCCUAUAUUUGUACUGAAUGUGGGAAAUCCUUCAUCCAGAAGUCACACUUAAAUAGACACAGGAGAAUUCAUACUGGAGAGAAACCCUAUAAAUGCAGUGACUGUGGGAAGUCUUUCAUUAAGAAGUCACAACUCCAUGAGCAUCAUCGAAUUCACACAGGAGAGAAACCAUAUAUAUGUGCUGAGUGUGGAAAGGCCUUCACCAUCAGAUCAAAUCUUAUGAAACACCAGAAAAUUCAUACUAAACAGAAACCCUGUAAGUGCAGUGACUUGGGGAAAAUCUUAAACUGGAAGCCACAACUCAGUAUGCCUCAGAAAACUGACACUGGGAAAGUAGAGUGCCCAAUGCCACAAUUAUUGUGUGGGGACUCAGGAGGUAACCAAGGCCAGCUUUCUUCUAUCUAGUUAGAAUUAUGAACAUCUGGAUUAUGUAGCUGAUACCCAGUUACACAUAUGGGGAGAUACUAUUGAGAGUGUUUAAGCAAUGUAUAGUGGCCAUAUUUGGUUACUUAAGAAGUAUUGGUGUUGUCAAGCUCCUGCAAAUAAUACCAAAUAUACAAGGAGAUGA